GUGUUUCUUGUUGGUGUUUAACCUCGGAGCUUUGGAUGUAUCAGUGUGUGGUGGUGUCUCACCGACAGUGUCUGUAACGGUAAUUGACAAUUUGUGUUGCGGUCAGCAGAAGCAGAGCCUGUGAAUUGCGAUCGCAUAAACCACGCAUAGGAACAAGCGUGAACAGCAUGCGGUUUUGGUAAAAUAACGUCAAUUGCGUUGUGUACUGGAUACAUUUUGUGAAAAUGAAUUUAUAAAAAAGCGGCCGACACAAACACUGCCAAAUUUGGAUAAAAAGCGAAAAGGAUUGUAUUUACUACAGUAAUGGCCACACUGCGCUCUCAGUAUGGAAUAAAUAUAUUUUUCCUUUUCAUCGUUCAUUUAAACCACGGCAUUACAAAGUCACUGCAAACCUUUUCGGAGGAACAGUUCCUGCUGGAGCUGAGUGACGAUCGCAGCAGUUCACCGGUAACGCGUCCUCCGAUACGCAACCGGACACCACCGUACCUUGGCAAUCUGCACCUUGGCUUUCACCAGCACCAGCAGCACCACCAUCAGCACUCAGAGACGAGCGAGAACGAAAUUUACGACUCGGACGAGAGUAAUCUACUCCGGACGCCGCUCGACCGUGGGCCACACUUUGAUUUGUCCGCCUCGAAGAACAUUACAGCGCUGGUCGGGAAGACGGCCUAUCUAAACUGCCGGGUGAAGAACAUCGGCAACAAAACGGUGUCCUGGGUGCGGCAUCGUGACAUUCAUCUGUUAACCGUAGGUAGAUUCACCUAUACGUCUGACCAACGUUUCCAGGCUGUACAUAAUCCCCAGACAGACGACUGGUCGCUACAAAUUAGAUACCCCCAGAAGCGGGACACGGGCGUGUACGAGUGUCAGAUCUCCACUACGCCACCGAUCGGGCACUCAAUGUUCCUCGCCGUCGUAGAGCCAAUCACCACGAUCGUUGGUGUGCCGGAUCUGUACAUCAACACGGGCUCAACUGUAAAUUUAACCUGCAUAGUGCGGAACUCGCCCGAGCCUCCUUCAACCAUUUUUUGGACCCACAACAAUCAGGAGAUCAACUACGAUUCACCCCGGGGCGGUGUGUCGGUCAUAACGGAGAAGGGUGAAACGACGACAUCGUACCUGCUAAUACAGCGCGCCCGCACCACGGACAGCGGGAAGUACGUCUGCUCCCCAUCGAACGCCGAUCCUUCCACGAUCAACGUGCACAUCCUGAAUGGGGAACAUCCGGCGGCCAUGCAGCACGGUGGCCAGCUUCGGAUAGGGGAUCCACUGUAUGUGUUCGUGCUCUGGCUGAUUAGCUUUCUGCUGGGGCGGCGAUGAAAGUAUGUCGAAGCCACAGCCACAUGGAGAAGGUGGAUAGGAACAGGGAACGCACCACAAAAACACACGCACACAUAUGCACGCCCAGCACGUACCCAGCUGCACAUCAAAGUGCAGCACGCAAAUUAGAGCUAAUUAGAUUAAAUGUGCCAGCCGACCAAAGGGUGUGCGGUGUUGGGUGUUUUUUCCCGCGUAAAGGAGGGAAGGAGUGUGCACACGGUGUGCGUGCGGUGAUGUAGGAUAAAUUAAUUUGCGGUACUCAAAUGGCCAAACGAUUGUGGGGAAAAUAUUGUCCGUGCUGUCAUUGAUUGGAGCUAAAUGAUGGGAUGUGCCGGUGUUAGCCGUUCGAGGUGUGAUGAUCGAUGAAGGUGGAGAUGAAGGGCAGCUUAAUUAGUUCCAAAGAGGAUGACUUCCUAAUAAAACCACGUGUGGUGUUUUGAUUUGUUUUUUUUUUUUUUUUUAUUCCUGAUUACUCUUUCCUGCACAUUAGCCAUCUAAUUAUUGUAUAAAAAGCUCCCUACAAGCACCAAUAUUUGCGUAAACAUUUUCAUCCUCAUGUUGGGUGGCGUCAUUUUGCGUCAAAUCAAAUACGGAAAUAGUUCAAAUAGAUGUCAUGCAAAAUCAGGCACAUCACUUUAUUUGAUUCGUAUCUUCCUGUUGAAUGUUAUUUUUCUUCUUCGAGAAACAGUGGCUGUGUUUGAUUUUGUAUGUGUAGCCGUUGCCCCAGCUAGCUAUGGUUCAAUUGAGCGGAAUUUUACAAAAAAGGAAUGAAACGAUUGUUAAGGAGCAGCAGCCAUCGAGGUAAGCGUAGGUUAAGCGCAAGUGGAAUCGCUGACACUGACAGUUCUUUGAUCAAUUUUGACGAUACAGAGAUUAGAUGUGAACCGCCUAAAAUGUCAGCGAAAGCGGAGGGACAGGAAAACGAACUAAACAGGCAACAUGGUUGUUUUAGGUAAAUCAAUAAUAAAGAAAAUAAAUAUGUAAAAAUGAUGGAAUGAGA